GAAGACUGGAGAAGUGUGUAGGGGUCCAACUACGGUUACCCCGAAGCCCCAGCUCCUGAGUCUGGCAGCGCGUGUGGCGGCAGCUCUUGGCCAGGAGGGGCCCCGGGGGCCGGCCACUGGGCGCCUCUGCAGAGAGCUCGCUCCGUGCUUUGCCUUCUGAGGCUGCUCCAGGUUGACGAUCUCUUUGGGGGGGGGGGGGUCGAUGUUCUGAAAUUUGUCUGGAGGAAUCCCAGGUGAAAAACCCCAAGGACUGCAGAGUAUUUAGAAAAAUAAAACCUCAGUGAGUCUAGUCGAUGCUGCUCCUUUUCAGACAGUUUAUCCCCUUCUGGUCCCUGAGACUCUGGCCAUCACCAGCACGGAGUGCCCUGUCACCUCUGAGCACCCGUCAAAGGCUCCGCAGCCAGGGAUUCCAUCCUCAGUUUCGAAAGGACACUGGCAGUCUCACCACCAAGGUGGUUGGGAUCCAUGGGCCUCCAGGCAGGGGCUGAGGGUGGCCAGCUGGCCCAGCCACCCGGACCUGGGGUUAGGGCGCAGGCCAGGCCGGGCUCUGUCUUUCCUCCAGUGGGAGUCAGCCCGCUGGCCUUUGCAGACACCUCACGUGAAGACAGCGGCACUCCCUGUGAGCACAGGAGACGCAGCCCGAGCCUGGGGGAGGGCAGCCCCUCCCUGCUGGGGUGGCCCUGGCCCCUGGCUCUGUCUGCAGGCAGUCAGGAGCGGGAGCUGCAGCACGGGACUGAAGAGGUUAAUGUUCAUCUAUCUGCCUCCGAAUGUUAAUGUGUCUAGGUGAUGUCAGUGGGAACCGGGAAGGAGGGAGUGGGAAGAGCGGUGGGGCUUGGAGGCAGCGGAGGCUGCCAGGCUGCCCCGGAAGACCCCCUUCGGGACUGCGGGGCCGGUGCUCCAGGACAGGGAGGCAGGCGUCGGAGGCUGCCGCAGCCUGCGUGGGCGGACGGGCCAGCGGGCGAGAGGCACUGGCGGGAUGGACCUGCAAGCCUCGCCGCUGCCCACUGACCCCAGUGCCAGCAACACCUCGGACGGCCCCAAUAACCUCACCUCGGCUGGGCUGCUUCCUGGCACGGGGAGCGCCUCCUACAUCAACAUCAUCAUGCCUUCGGUGUUCGGCAUCAUCUGCCUCCUGGGCAUCGUGGGGAACUCCACCGUCAUCUUCGCCGUGGUGAAGAAGUCCAAGCUGCACUGGUGCAGCAAUGUCCCCGACAUCUUCAUCAUCAACCUCUCGGUGGUGGACCUCCUCUUCCUCCUGGGCAUGCCCUUCAUGAUCCACCAGCUCCUGGGCAACGGCGUCUGGCACUUCGGGAAGACCAUGUGCACCCUCAUCACGGCCAUGGACGCCAACAGUCAGUUCACCAGCACCUACAUCCUGACCGCCAUGGCCAUCGACCGCUACCUGGCCACCGUCCACCCCAUCUCCUCCACCAAGUUCCGCAAGCCUUCGGUGGCCACCCUAGUGAUCUGCCUCCUGUGGGCCCUCUCCUUCAUCAGCAUCACCCCCGUGUGGCUCUACACCAGGCUCAUCCCCUUCCCGGGGGGCGCCGUGGGCUGUGGCAUCCGCCUGCCCAACCCGGACACUGACGUCUACUGGUUCACCCUGUACCAGUUUUUCCUGGCCUUUGCCUUGCCCUUCGUGGUCAUCACGGCUGCGUACGUGAGGAUCCUACAGCGCGUGACGUCCUCCGUGGCUCCCGCCUCUCAACGCAGCAUCCGGCUGCGGACCAGGAGGGUGACCCGCACGGCCAUUGCCAUCUGCCUGGUCUUCUUCGUAUGCUGGGCGCCCUACUACGUGCUACAGCUGACCCAGCUGUCCAUCAGCCGCCCAACGCUCACCUUCGCCUACCUGUACAACGCGGCCAUCAGCUUGGGCUAUGCCAACAGCUGCCUCAACCCCUUCGUGUACAUCGUGCUCUGUGAGACAUUCCGCAAACGCUUGAUCCUGUCGGUGAAGCCCGCGGCCCAGGGGCAGCUCCGGGCAGUCAGCCACGAUGAGGAGAGGACAGAAGAAAGCAUGUGCACCUGACGCCUCCCAGCCACCUGGGGCACCUCCGAGUCUGGAAACCACAGCAGCCCACGGGGAGGGAUGAUAGAAACCCAAGACCGCACUGGGAGAAUGCAGGGGGGCUGGGCGGUGAGGGGCUGCUGCCACCAAACACCUCCCACGGGGCCCCCACAUUUCUGGGGAGGCUCCGAGCCAGGCUGAGGGCUUCAGGUGUCAGAAAUCCCCUGUGGGAGAGCAGGAUGGAGUUGAACAGAAACUGAGCAAGAAGGAAAUUUUGUUUUCAAUGAUCAUUUUAGGGCCCUGCAUUGGCUAGCUCCCAAAUGUCUUCUUCCCAAGAGAAAGUUUUGUUUAAAAUCAGGCAGGGCUGGGGUGUGAGCAGCGGGGCCACAUGGAGUGUCAGGGGCCCUGGGGAGCCCGGAAGGUGGUGUGGCCUUCCACCUCUCAUGGGAGGUCGGAGGGCAGCCUUUCUCCUGAGCUGGAGGAUCGUGAGAAGUGACACAGGCCAUCUCUCCGUGUUCCAGCGUGCUGUGUCCAUUUCCCUGUACCUCUAGGGCAUGCAUGCUUAUUGUUUGGGGGUGGGGGGUACUCUGAGCCCACAAGAGUAAAAGUCCAGUUUGCUAGGAGAUCCAACUGAGAAUGACAAGGCUAACUGGGGUGGGUGGGGUGGGGUAUCUUGAAAUUUAAAAACUAGGGAAGAAUAAGGGGGUUUUUGUAGCUGUGUGUACAUUGUCACCGCGGGGCACACACCUGUCCAUCACCAGAUUCCACAGUGAGUGCCCAUCCGUGUCCUGCAUGUGCAGGGGUCAUUCUGAUGCCUGGCGUGUUGGCACCAUCUUCGUGCUGUGGCUUUUCUCUUCAAAGUGAAAGUGAAUAAAGGAUAAUCUCCACCCAC